UGGUCCGGGAGGUAGCUCUAGUCGGGGGCCACUAUCAUCAGGUUGAACCGCUCUUAGUCUGGAGGGUCCCCGAGACCCGUUGGUGUUGGGGCCCCGACCAGGGCCUGAGGGACCACAGCCUCUCUAACUGUUAUUAUAUAUUAACUCAUUGUUGCCAGACAAUAAUAACUGUUAUUAAUGUGUUUGCAGAUCCAGAAUGUUUUCAAACGAUUCCUGUUCCACUACUCCAGAGCGCGCCCCGCGGCCGGCGCCGCGCAGCUCCAGGCUCACUCCGUCCAUCCGCUGAUGAGACUUUCCCCCAAGCUGUCCCCGAGGAGGAAGAAGCUUCUGCUCCUGAGGGCCCGAGGCCUGCCGGAGGGAGCGCUGGAGAAGAGGAACCAACCACAGGAGACAGCUUCCUCAGGAGAGCGCCACCACCAGGACCGCAUGGACACCUACACUCAUAACAAAUAUAUAUAAAUAGGUAUAUAUGAAUAUUUAUUGUAUUUAUAUAUAAAUAUUUAUAUAUAAAUAUAAGUAUCUAUAUCUAUCUUAGUC